GACGACACCACGUGUCUCCGGGGUAGUAAGACAGACCAGCGUAUGAAUUACUUUCUCUGAUAUCGUGAUCGGCAGAUAUUCUGUGAUUGGCAGGACGUAAACGCCCGUACGUACCGGGUGAAUUUCGGGGGUCAUUCAGACGGUAUAUUUACCUUUGCGAUGAUUGGUUUGACGAAAUAAUAUGUAUUAUAAAAGCUCCGACACAAACGUUUCUAACCUAAUGAUACUCUAGACGAGUUGGUGACUUGUUCAGCGAAUCUAUUAUACACUAGCAGACAAUUGAUCGUGCAACUUCGACGAGUAAAUUACAAGACGUCGUUAUCAAAAUUUUCUCUUAACUUAACCAUUUUACAGCUUUUAAAAAGAAAAUGAUGUUAGCAACGGGAUCCGUGGACGCAGCCGGGGGAAUGCUGAUGCUCCUUAUUCAAAUUACCGUGCCAUGCUUACUUCUGGUUACUAUGAAACUUCUCUGGGCAAAAUACUACAAUAUGAACUCGGACCCGUCUUGCGAUGCCCCCUUACCGUGCGGUAGUAUGGGAUGGCCGUUUGUUGGAGAAACUUUACAACUUAUUGUUCAGAAUGUAGACUUCUACAAGAACCGAUUUGCAAAACACGGAAGAAUUUUUAAGACACACAUUCUCGGCAAGCCAGUCAUCCGUAUUUAUGGCAGGGAGAAUCUACAGAAGAUCUUCCAGGGGGAGAAUGAGUAUUUGUUCCCAUCCUUACCCACAUCGACAGCACUUAUACUCGGCAAACAUGCUCUUAGCCAGUCUGUCGGGACCCGACACGUAGCCAUGCGCCGGAAGAUUAUGCGCGCGUUUCGACACAGUGCGCUCGCUUCGUACGUUCCUAACAUUCAGAGUGAAAUAUCCAGGACGAUAGGUGUGUGGUGCAAACAGCCUUCGGUGACAAUGUAUAAAGAACUUGGAGAUUUGCUUUUUAGGAUAAGCGGCCGAGCCCUUUGUGGAUUCAGUUACUCCACCGAGGAAACACACGCACUGACUAAGACUUUUCGGACUAUGAUGGAUAACAUGUUUACCCUGCCUGUUAAUUUUCCCGGCUCCGGUUUCAACAAGGCUAAGAAUGCCAGAGAUAUCAUUCUACAACGGAUUGAGAGCAAAAUCCGAAUGAAGCGCGAGAUGCCAUUGACCAAUGAUCACAAAGAUGCACUCUCCAUCUUAAUGGAGUACAUCAACGAUUCAACCGAGGAUGACAUCCAACUGACCAACGAACAGAUAAUUAAUGUCACGAUCGAGCUUCUAUUCUCCGGCUUUUCCACUACCAGCAGCGCCUCCACAAUGCUCCUCUUAAACUUGACAAAAUAUCCAGAGGUCUUAAAACGUAUCAAAGAGGAAAUUCUUGCAUGUGAUCUCAUGGACAAGAACCAUUUGCUGACCUACGAAGACAUACAGAGAUUGAAAUACCUCAAUUGCGUAGUAAAAGAAAGUCUGCGCAUGUCACCACCCGUUGGAGGCGGUUUCCGAGAGGUUAAGAAAACAUUCACUUUAGAGGGUAAACAGAUUCCAAAAGGAUGGACGGUUCUUUAUAGCAUUCGUGAAACUAUGUCUCACUCGACUGUCUUCGAGAACAGUGAAGAGUUUAAUCCGGACCGGUUCUCUGAUGCAAGGAAGGAAGAUAAGAUUGGUAAGCAUAACUACUGCGUGUUUGGAGGAGGACCUCGAAGCUGUGUUGGGAAAGAUUACGCACAUCUUGUUUUGAAAAUAUUAGUUGUCGAGUUGGUUCGCUGUUGUCACUGGGAGAGGGCGACGACAGGUGACGUCAAAAUGACGUACUUACCAGUCCCACGUCCAACCGACGGGCUUGUUUUAAAAUUCUCGAGAGUAGACAAUCUUGAUGCAAAUGCGAAUGUCCAGUGUGUCCACCUCCACGUAGAUGAGAUCGGUCCGAACAGCACAGUUACAUCUACACCGUCUUUAGUCUAACAGCAACUGCCCAGGUACAUUGUUAUGUGCGCUGUCAAUAGAGUUAAUCAAAAUGUUAUCAUAACACUAUGAAUAAACGCUCUCUGGUCAAAUUCUACAAGUAAUUGUAUCCCGACCUCGUUGAAAAGGAUAGGCGUAUACACGCUCUUGCAAAAAUAUGGAAAGUUAUGAUACAUGUUCAUAAUUCAUACGAUUUUAAAAUGUUUUCUAAGUAAUAAUAUGGCACAAAACACCUUAAUUCGUAUUCAUGUUUGAGCAUUUUUACUUUAGUAAUAUUUUGGUUAAUAUUUUUAUAAUUAUGAUAAUUAUUAUUUAUUAUUAUAAGGCCUAUAAUUACUAGAAAGAGCCAGCAUUCUCAUUAUCAUUAUUAUUCAAAUCCUCAGGGACAAUAUAGGGAAAAAGUAAAUGUUUAACCCUUUGCAGUGACAGUCAACAGCGUAGGAAACAACAUAUCAGGGAUUGAAUGGAUUGAUGACCUGAAUUACGUCGGUCCUACCAUGUACAAAACAUACUCUCAUCCAAAAGCAAAAUUCAAUAUUAAUUAUCAUAUCAAAAACAUCUAUAGAUACAAAAGCCGUGAUGACAUAUUGCCUUCAUUAUUGAAUUAAAUGUGAAGUAAUAUGCUACCAGUUGACGCGUGGGCAACGCAGUCAUGCAUGACGAAUUUACAUUUUUGUAUUCAGGACCGCACAUCAAAGAUUUUCAUAAAGAAUAAAUGUAUACAUUAUAUUUUAUUCCAUUUGUAUUAAAUUAUUAGAAAUAGAUAUGAUAAACUAUAUUAAUAAAGGACAAAGUUUAUUAUUGUAAAUAGAUGGAUCAUCUAGAGUAUAAACCAAAGUGAUUUUACGGGUUUUUUUUGUAAAUAGAAUAUACAUUCACUGGAAUUAAAUAAUAUAUCCACAAUGGUCGAUGAUCACUUAUCAUUUCAUCAUUAUUAACUCGCUAGUUGCAUAAGAUAUGGUAUUCAAGAAUUAUAUACAAUUUCAAUAAUAAUUUCUACGAUUCUUUUCAUAAUAUUUAUAACUAUACAGUAUGCAAAUUUAUGCAAAGAGUAAGUGAUUAUGCAAGUAUAUCAUUAGCAUGCGAAUGAUAUAGUUUGUUAUGUUCAUUGGUAUACACGGAUCAUUGCGAUCGUACGAGUGCAUAUCCGUGCUUAUUUUGACAAUUAACUCGGCAUAUGUAGGUUCUCUUAAAUAUUUAAAGUAUCAAGAUUUUAUUAACGUGUUUAAUGUUUCUAUGUAUAUAAUGCCUAUUUAUGCCAGUUUUUUUCUACCUUGAUCCACUUUGAGAGGAGCCUUGUAUGCUAAUGACCUCCCAAAAACGUAUAUAAAACAAAAACAAAAUGAUGUUUAUAGGUUUUUUUGUCUAUGCCCCAUCGAGGGCAAAGACACUACCGGUAUGUUAUGAUCUGGCAGUUAAAGAUGGCGGAAAGGGUAAAUCCGGUGGAGGUGCAUGAUGGGUCAUGUGUCAUCUUAAGUACUUUAUUACUGUAUAAAAGUCAUACAACACCACACAUUUCCGUGUGGAUACUCUAUUAGUAAACAUAAUACAGUAAGGCUGUAUAGGACAUAGACGCACGCUCCCGCUGGGAGCCUAUUUUGUUUUUUAUUUCGUCAGUUUUUUAAGCUUGUAUAAUCGUUAUUGAAGAACCGUUUUUUUUAAACAAAUUAUUUGUAUAUAUUGAGGUUUUAUAUUUUGUACAUGAUGUUAACCUCGGCGACUUUGAAACACAGAGUACCGUGUGUUUGGGAACUUACUAUAUACAGAUGCCUGUUUAAUAAGUAUACAUGGUUUGGUCGUUCUUUCCUCGAACAAGAUCGUAUUUUAAAAACUUUUCCCACUAAAGCUUAACGUAGUUUUUAUCAAGAGGGGAGUUAUCGGUUGCGAAACGACGUAAGUGACCCCAUGAUUUUUAAUUUAAUUCAAUUAUUUUUAUUUAAAAUAACAACAUAAAUUUCACAGUAAAAUAUAUUCUUAUGUAAAAUAUCUAUUGACUGACUAAAUGGUGUUGAAAGAUUCUGUCGUUUGUAGUCAUCCCGCGUUUCUCAGCGCAAAAUAGAUUGGGGACAAUGCGUCCCAGAAUUCAAACAUCGAGAACUUAACGUCCUCGCAUGUGCGUAGUGACGUAACUGUGUUCUAGAUUUUGCCGUCGUCGUGCAAUCGAUAGCUCCUUGGUAACACAAUGUGUGGCAAACUGUUCUCGAUUAUGAUGAUACAGAGAAGCUGUUAAAUGAAGUGUUCAUUGGAUAAUGUAUCUCGUUAAUAUUCUUCAUUGUGACCUUAAGUAACUCUUGCGAGACGAAUAUUGCCAGACCUAAUGGUAGAAAUAUAUAUAAAAAAAGAAAUAUAUCUUUUUUAUAAUGCGUUUGUUAAUUUUACUUGCCGUAGAGUGUAUAGAAAAUGUAAAAAAAUAACUUUUAAACUCUAUUUAAAUUUAUAAAAAAAAAUAUGUAUUGGUAACUGUAAAUGAUAGCUUCAGGGGAACACAAAUUACUCAUUCCUCACAUGGAGCAUGCUUUUAUUUAACAUGAAAACAAGUUUAGUUUUCCGGAUAAAGUUAGACCCACGUUUUUUGUUUUUUUUUUCAUUUUAAAUUUUGAAAACAGAUUUUCUCAUUACUACAACUCGCUUGCUUCUCAAUACGUAUGAUGUUUUUGGUUUCACAGUGUUUAUUAAGGCAUAAUAUAAUGUAUAGUGCAAUAAAGGUCACCGUAUACAGAUAAA